UGUUAUUUUUGUUCCCCACAAAUGUGGAUGUUUAAAAUAGUGCUUUAUUCAAUCGGUGUAAGUGACACAUAGACUAUGUAUAGUGGUGGAAUCGGGCCUGGCAGGUGAUCAAGGCCAGAUCUCACCAAAAUCAGGAGUUGUUCUUCACUGAUAGCACCCGGGGAAUCUACGCUGAGGAUGGCCAGCGUGGGCCCCUGCCUUGGGUUGCCCGGCAAAUUUUCCUGCACAACUACUGAAUUAUCUGGAAUGGAUGCACCUCAGAGCUAGCAAACUGGGCUUUUGGCCUCGUUUCCUUGGGGCAUGCCAGGGGUCACAUUUCCUCUCUGGACCUCCCUCCAAGCCGCACUGUACUCUUGCAGGGGAAGGGACCAGGCUUCACAAGAAACAGCACAUGCUUUCCUUUCAUUUCUGGGAGUCCCAGGGUCAACCUACAGAUGCUGCUCCUUCCGUGGCCGAUGGCAUUCAGGCUUGUCACUGCCGACGCUGCCGGGCAAACAACGGGACAGGACAGCUCAGCUGCGGGACGCUGGCCGCAGUCCCGGCCAGAGCAGCAGCCCCUCAGCCACCGACCCCCUCUGCCACCGCCCCAGCCGGGCGCCGUCCCACCUCCCUCGGGCUCGCUGCCUCCCCGCCACAGGGGCUGAAGACCUGGGAGGUGGUGGCAGCAGUGACAGCGGUGCCUACAGCCUCAGGGCCAGUCCACGCACGUGGGACCCUGCUUCGGGCAACUCUGCAGCCCCUCUGGGGCCAGAGAGGGACCCGGGACAUCCCCAGCGCUCACCACUGCCUCUUCCUGUCGCUGAAACCCGGGAGAGGGCUCGGAAUGGAAGCCGCCACCCCUGAGCGGAAUGCGCAGGCCAGCCUGGAGGAGGUGGAAGUGGAAGACGGGGCGACCAGAGCUCGGGACAGCCCGGAGCCCCCGCAGCAGCUGCGGCCGCUGCCCGGGCCUGCAGCCUCGUCCCAGCGAGACGCGAAGUAUGCGCAGACGGGCGCUCCAGCUGGAGUCCGGGGGGCGAGCCCCGGGACCCUGAAACUCACCCCGGGGCCCUGCGCUGGGGAUCAGAGUGCCCCUGGGAGCCCAAAGGAGAAAGCCCAAGAGGAACCGAGCAGCCGACAGUGCAAGGCUCCAACCCCCCGGGAGAAUCCUGCCUCCUCCGAACCCUCCGGAUCCCAGCUCUCUGCUCCCGAUGAGCGUGGCAACUUCUCAUCUUCCUCCUCCUCCUCCCCAGUGGACAAAGAAGAAGAGGAGGAAGGCCUUUCCAAAAUGGAGGAUUCCACCGCAUCGACUGGGGCUCUGGCCACUUCCUCUUCAUCCUUAGGCUUUGAGAGCGAGAGCGAAGGUCGCCAGCCCAGGGGAGGAGAGGGAGGGAAGAGAUCAGGAGUGGGGGGAGGGGGAGGAGGGGGAGGGGGGCAAGGAGACGGCACAGAGUGCAGGGACAUUAUUGCCAAGUCCCAGGGCAGCAGGGACCCCCCCAAAGAACAAGAGGCUCACUACAUCACCACCCAUGAGAUCCAGCUGAGUGAGGUGGAGCAAGACAUGGAUUUCGACGUGGGGCUGGCCUCCCGCUGGGAUUUCGAGGACAACAACGUCAUCUACUCGUUCGUGGACUAUGCUUCCUUCGGUGGCAGCGAUGAGACCCCAGGGGACGUCACCACCCUGACCGAAGAGGACGACGACAACAGCUGCUACCUCAGCACCACUCCCAGCACCAACGCCACCCGGACACCCAGCCCCACCAGCAGCGACGUGGCCCGCCCCGACGCAGACCGCAGUGGUCGCGACACCAGCAGCACCGAAGUGGGCAGCGGCCCCUCUGACGACGGCCCCACGCCCCCACCCACUGCGCCUGGCACGGCCCUCCUGCGCGAGCCCGAGUCCCCGGGGACAGCUUCAGGGACAGCCGCCGCCGCGAGCAGCUGCGGGAGUGCCGCAGGCCAGAUCCUCCUAUCAAUCAAACCGACUUCCCGGGCUAUAAAUGAGCCUAGCAACGUGCGUGCAAAGCAAAACAUUAUUUACGCUGCCAAGCAUGAAGGCGACAUGAGCCUCCGCGUCUCUACAGCUGCUGAACACAAUUCAAGUUCGCUCAAGCAAAACCCGGCUGCAGCCGUGGCUCAGGACCAUGCAAAGAAAUUCAUCGCCGUCCCUGCUCGCCUGCACACCCGGUGCGGGGCCAUCCAGGCCAAGGAGCUCGUGGACUACUCCAGCGGGGCCUCCAGCGCCGUGAGCGAGCUGGACGACGCGGACAAAGAGGUGCGUAACCUGACCUCGCGGGCCUUCCGCAGCCUCGCCUACCCCUACUUUGAGGCCCUGAACAUCAGCUCCCGGGAGUCCUCCGCCACGCUCUCCGAGGUGGGCUUCGGACGCUGGUCAACCUUCCUGGACCUAAAAUGCGGGGGCGUGGGCGCCCGAGUGGAGCAGAGCCUGCUCAGGGGCAGCGCGGCCUCGGUGGCCGCGGGGCUCAGGAAGGGCGGCGGGGCCAGGGCCGCUGCAGACCAGCUCUACGUCCAGGCCAAGAAGUCCCAGACCAAGGCCUUGGAGUUCGUGGUCAGCAAAGUCGAGGGGGAGAUCAAACAUGUGGAGACACCCCUGUGUUUCCAGAAGCAGGUGCAGACGGGUGCCCGCGUGGUCACCCUCCUCGAGCCCCUGAACCUGCGCAGUGACAGCAAAGCCAGCUCCGCCACCGGGCCUUGCAGGGCCACCAAAGGCUCCAGCAAGGGGCCGGGGUCUGUGUACACCGACGACGGCUCGGAGGCCUCGGAGGGCAGCAAGCCCGCCUCCCGCGCCGACGGCCCCCAGAAGAAGUCCAGGUUCGCUUCCAGUCUGCUCAAAAAUGUCAUCUCCAAGAAGAUGCAGCGGGAGCACGAGUUCAAAAUGGAGAGGGGAGAGGUCACCGAUACGUCCCAGCGCAACCUGCCCGGCGCCCCCAGGGACGCCGAGGGCCGGGCUGGGACCGAGAGGCCGCGGGAGCGCGGGCUGCAGCGACAGAGCUCCCGCCACUCGGACGCGGGCUCCGAGUGCGUGGCCGGCAGCGCGGCGGACGCGGGCGGGGACGGGGCUCGGUCCCCCGUGUUCAAAGCCAGCACCCCGCGGGAGGGCAGCGCGGGCUCGGGCCGGAGCUUCGCCGAGGGACACACGGAAGUGUGUGAAAUCAAAAAGAGCGCCUCGGAGACGGUCAAGGGCAUCUUCCUGCGCAGCCAGAACAGCGCGUUCCGCUCCUGGAAGGAGAAGGAGGCGGAGAAGCGCGAGGAGCACGCGGCCGUCGGGAAGCUGAAGCUCCCCAAGGGGGGCGACUGGAGGGCCGACCUCGGGGAGAUCUCCGCCAGCAAGUCCACCAUCAUGUCUCGCCUGUUUGUCCCCAACAUCCAGCAGACGCCCAGAGACAAGCAGCCGGGGAAGCAGGCCACCAAAUACCCCGCUGCCCAGGCCACGUCCACCGCCGUGAUCAGGCCCAAGGCCCCGGAGAUCAAGAUCCGGCUGGGCAGCGUGCAGCAGCCAAGCUCCGACUUCAACAUCGCCAAGCUGCUCACGCCCAAGCUGGCCGGUGGCAGCGCCUCCGACCUCUUCAAGACCCUUGAGGACAACAGCAGGGCACAGCAGAAACUCUUCCGCGGGGACAGCCUGGAAAAAGUGCCCCAUUUCCAAGUGAGAGAUGUCAGAGACAAGUCCAAGGCUCAAGGCCCUCUGCACCAGGUGAGAGACGUCAGGAAACUAAUCAAAGGGUCAGGGGACAGCAGUGACAAGGGCAGUGUUACUCCAGAGCAGGGACUGACAGGGCCCAAACCCCGGCAGCUGGCUGCUGCAGCUGGUGGAUCCGGAUCCCUGUCCCCGUUGGUGAUUACGUGCCAGGCCGUAGUGAACCAGAGGGAGGACAGCACGGACCGAGAGCCAAGGGACAGCAUGGGCAAGAACAGCAGCAGCAGCAGCAGCAGCAGCAGCGUCUUGAAUCCCUCCUCCCCGGAAGGGACGGUCUUGGUUCACAGGGCAUCUGGCAGGCUGCCUGUGGCCACCAUCGCCCCCAAUAAGCCCGAGCAGGGCUCCUACCUGCCCGUGCUCAAGAUCGUCUCCAAGGCCUCUGCCCAGAAGACCCCGGAGAAGCUCAAGGACGAGGAGGUCAAGGAGGAAGGGAAAGCCCCCAAGCCAGCCCGCAACGCCCUGGAGAAGCUGACGGCCGCGGUGAGGUCCAUGGAGGAGCUGUACAGCUUCAACAGGAACGAGUGGAAGCGCAAAAGCGAUCCCCUGCCCACGAUGACGAACAGCCACGUCCUGUCGCUCAUUGCCAGCGAGGAGAGGGAAGGGGGCGUGGGUGCCGAGGGAGACCACGACAAGCUGGCCCGACGGCUGGGUGACGUGGAAGAGCGGGGCGCAGGACACAAAGGUGACAUGGUCCCGCGAGGGGCCCCCCUAGAACGUCUGCAGCGGAGAAACUCCAACCCCAGCGCUGAGAGCGUGUCCGCCCGGGCAGCUGCCUUCGAGAACCUGGCCCGGCAGAGGCCGCGAUCUCUCUACAUCCCCCCUGUCCACAAGGACGCGGAGCGGCCACAGCCCCUGCAGCCCCUCCCUCCCCUCCCCGGCGCGCAGAACGUGCUCACAGUGACCGCCAGCAGCACCCAGAAAACGGGGGGCGUCGCCGGCAAGUUCCCGCAGGGGCCCUCCCCGGAGAGUCCUUCCGCGGCGGCCAAGAGCAUCAAAUCGCAGGGACUCCGGUCCCUCAGGAUCUCUCCCGCCACCCAGGAUGAGGUGACCAACAGGAAAAGUGGCAGCGGCUUGGAGAAGAGCAACGGUGACUGUGGCAAUUACCUGGCCAUCCCCCUUAAAGGAAGCUCCGCUGCAGGGGAGCUGCCGGGCAGGCCUGGGGCUGCCAGGGAGGGGCCCCCCAGCUCCUCGGCCGCCACCCUCUGCAGUUUGCCCCCCCUGAGCGCCCGCAGUCAGGUCCCCGGCAGCCCCAAAGGCUCCCAGGUCAGUGGGACCAGCCGGCCGGCUUGGCGCACGAAGCCCGACAACCCCCGGGGGACGGUAGCUGCCCCCACGGGCCCGCAGAGCCCGGAGCAUCCCCCCACCGCCAUCUACCACCAGCAGCCGCUGCCCUUCGCCCUGCAGGGGGCCCAGCCCCAGGUCCUCUGCUUCUCCCCGCCCCGCAUGCCCGCCCCCGCCGCUGCGGGCCCGGCUGCGGUCCCCGCAGACCCCUUCCAGCCGCCGCAGCCUCAGCAGACGCAGCGCAAGAUGCUCCUGGAUGUGACCACCGGCCAGUACUACCUGGUGGACACGCCAGUGCAGCCCCUGACCCGGAGACUGUUUGACCCCGAGACGGGGCAGUACGUGGAUGUCCCCAUGACCCCCCAGCAGCAGGCGGUGGCUCCCAUGUCCUUCCCCGUGCCUCCCCUGGCCCUGAGCCCCGGGGCCUACGGACCCACCUACAUGAUCUACCCCGGGUUUCUGCCCACGGUGCUGCCCGCCAACGCCCUGCAGCCCACGCCCGCUGCUCACGCGCCCGGGGGCGGCGAGCUGUCCCCCAUGGCGCCGGAGCCCCCCAGCAAAGACGCAGCUGCCACCUUCCCGGAGGCCCCGUACUUCAUGGCUUCCGGUCCGUCUCCGGCCGCUUCUUCCUCCUCGGCCCCAGCGGCCGCAUCCCAGCUCGUGGGGGCCAAGGGCUUUGCCCAGCUGCACGGCAAGCCUGUCAUCAGCAUCACCUCGCAGCCCCUGGGGCCGCGGCUCAUCGCUCCCCCGUCCUUCGACGGCACCACCAUGAGCUUCGUGGUGGAGCACAGAUGAUGCGCGGUCCCCGGAGAGGAGGACGAAGCAGCUGCUGGAACAAGGCAAGAUGGACUAUUCUCCUUCAACCUGAAAAUUGCAUUGUAAUAGCACUAAGAAUUCAUCUGAAAAAGUUCUUCCACAUGUGUUAUUCUUAAUUUUUGCUUCUUAUAAGCCAAGAGUGUAAGUUUCUCUAUUUUCCUGAACAACCCUCUUGAGGCAGUUUCUGUUCUUUUAAUUUUACCGAGUUGAUUGAAUGGUUUCAUUUUUCCCCUGUAAAACUAUUUCUUUUAUACUUUAAUACAGGAUAUAAGAUUUCUAUUCACGUCUUCCCUCCUGCACUUCUGACUAGGCGAACAGUCCCUUUGUUCUCAUGGUUCAAUCAAAACAUACAACAGAAUGGGAUUGGUUCUGUUGUAAACCAAGCCAGCGACUCAGUAAUUUGGAUCACAAAUCUCCUUAUAGGUUCUUACAAUAUAUUAAGACUAGCUCACAGAGUUGUAGCACAUAUAUCAGUUUUAAAUAUGAUGGUUCUGCUCUUUGAAUCAUAUACCAGCCAGACCUAGUUAUUCUCUUGGUUGUUCUCUAUGUGUUCUUUUAUUUGGUUUGGCAUGAUGUGAUUGUGAAAUCACAAAUGUGAUGGUGAGAAACAGUGGUUUUACCAUUUGUACUCUGUUUUAUUUUUCCAUCCGUGCAAUGUCUUGACAUUUUUUGUUGCCUUAAAGUAGAAUGGCUUAAAAUACGGGAGAGCCAGUGAUUGCUUUUAAAAAUUGAGUUCUUAGUCUCAAAAAGGUAUAAAAUAUCUAUUUCCCUUUAAGAAUCUACCCUUGGUUGUGAGGGUAAAGCAUUUUUCUUUUCUUGAAUGAUUCCCCCAUAGUUGCGUACUCUUGGCUCUCACGGAUUGUUUGGAGUCUAAAGAGUGACCUAUUGAGGGACAGAGAAUAGACUGUGACUCUGAUUCAGUGACUCUGAUUCCCUCCAGCCCUAGACCAGCCACCCCAAAAGAAGCAGCCUCAAAUUACAACACUUGCUUCUCAUGAGGCAGGUUUUAAGAGAUGCUGAGAAUCCAAAUCAGGGAAUCUUUCAUCAACAUCCAAUUGUAACCCAAUUCUGAAGGCUAUUUGAGUGAGUGUUCACAGUUGAUUGAACAGUAAAUAUUUAGCUUAUUAUAAUUAAUAAGUAUGUCAAUAUAUCCUUGGCAAAGAUUACAUUGAAAUAUUAAUAUUUCUUAAUUACUUUUUAAAGGAAUAAUCUGAAAGUUCUCCCAGGCUUUUAAACAAAUCUCCUUUUAUUUACUUAUUUGCUAAAGUAUUUUGAUCAUUUUUAAAGAGCCUUAUUUUAAUUUUAAUGACCAUCGAUAUUUGGUUUGUGCUUAAAAUGGCUUCUUGGAGCCACCAAAUUUCAUGCUACUCAUGACAGAAGGUGUGAGUAAAAAAGUAUGAGAUGAUUUUUGUAUGAUUUGUAUCUUAUUAUUUUGUAGUUGUGAUUCUCAUCUCAGUUAGACUCUUUUUAGAAAAAACUCAACUUCACUUUCAGGGCCUUCCUUAAAGGGAUCUUACUCUAAAAAAAAAGAAGUUUUCUUGGGUAAAGGAAAAGGUUUGAGGCAGAAAUAGUCAGCUUUGGUCCCAAUUUGAUUGCUCUUUAGGCCACUGAGCUAUGAAAUGAAGCUCUAGCGUUUAUGAGGCAUGAAAUAUGAAACACAGUAUCUGUAUAAAAACAGAUGUCCUUGUGCCAUAUUCAGGAAAAUUAUUGUUUGUUUCUUUAUCAGAGAGGUCUUCUUACCCAGGUGAAUCAAUCGAUCCACCCAGAACUUAAUUUCUCACCCCCAGGGAAUACAUCUUACAGCAUCAGCACUUGCUCAUGCUCAGGAGAGACUGGCUGAGUUUGAGGUCACUUAAUAUUAAAACGAGAAAGUGGAAUCCAUUUCAAGAUCUCCAACUUUUAUGAAAGUGUGUGAACACACCUGGUGAAACAUACAUACAAUUUAGAUGGAUAGCACCCAAACUGAUACGACUGGUGUAAAACCACGUGUGGCUUUUAGGAAAGCCCAGUGGCCAUGUUGAGUAGUCACUGCUUGCCAUCUCUUCAAAAGCAGACUCCUCUUUCCCCCUAGUUUGGGGGCCCAUAAACUGCUGAUCAAUAUUUAUCCCCAGCAGAUCUGAGCUUUAAAUUCUCACAUUGAGGGCAACUAGGACAGGAGCCAGGAAAGAAAAGAGAACUUUUCAUUUGCUGAUUCUGUCCAAGAGGCUACGCCCUCAGGGAAGGUGCCAAGGACAUAGUGAAUGUCCACGUGGUUACAAAUGUAACUUUAAAAUAAUGUUCUACAAAUGCCACAUUAUUUAUUACUGAUUUUAUGGUUCUCUGUUUCGCCAAACCAUAUGAAGCUGCUAGGUCAUUUACUACCUCAAGUGACAGGGAAAGGACAUUUUCACAGGAACGAGGUCAAUCGCAAGCCUCAUUUUCCCUGUUUUGUCGUUUCCUGGGGUUGUGUGGGUAUUUAAAUGAAGUGAUGUGCCCUUCCUUUUUCAACCAGAGUGGAAUCAUACAAGAGUCUAUGAAGCCUUCUGACCCCUAAAACUAUUAUCCUAGCAAUGUCCCUUUAGCUACUGAACUACCCUUUUAUGCUUUAUGUCCGUGGUCCUCAAUCCUCGGGCUGCUGACUGGUAUUAGUCUGUGGCCAGUUAGGAACCGGGCCGCGCGGCAAGAGGUGAGCGAAGCUUCAUCUGUAUUUACAGCCGCUCCCAAUCGCUCACCGUCCCUCCCCCCAGUCAGUGGAAAAAUUGUCUUCCAUGAAGCUGGUCCCUGGUGCCAAAAGGGUUGGGGACUGCUGCUUUGUGUACAUAAAAUCAUUAAUAAAGCAUUUCCUAAACAAUUCCUUGAGCUUGAAUCUAAGCAGAAUUGCAGAAUCUGGUGUUUGCAAUUUCCUCGCAGGGUUACUUGUGGCUCAGUUGUCCGGAAGAACCCCAGGGCGUUGUGUGCAGAGAUCUUAACCCAUAUCUUCUUUUGCCUUCUUGGUAAAAUGCCAUGUUUGAAAUAUGCCCCAUUUGAAUUGUUUCUGGAAAACUGAACACAUUUGUAACCAGUAUGAAAAUUUAAUUCACCAGGAUGUAUUUUUUUGAAAGCACUCACUGAAAUUGCCCUCAGGAUUAAAGGGAGGCCCAGAUAUGCAAGGAAUGACUGAGCUUAUAGACUCUCUAUAUGGCAGUUUAUCACUGAGUAAAUAAGCUAAAACAAAUUACACUUUGGCAUUUUUAUGAUAAAUGUCAACUAUUAACAUGCAUUUCAAAUUCCUCUUCUUAUCGCUAGGAAAUAUCUGGUGAUAUAAAUUCUUUUUUCUUAUUUUCAGAUUUGACGCUAUCAUCCUUGCCUCUUAAAAAGAUAUAUUUUGCUUUCAUACUUCAUAGAAAUCAAAGUCUGUGUUUGCUGCAAAUCAAAUGCUCACGCUACCUGAAAUAAUAUUAAUACUUUGGACUGCAGGACAGUAUUGAUUCCUAAGUAGAGUGACUAUAAUCUCAUGAUAAGUAUGUAUACGUGCGUGGGAAAACACAUUCAAUAAUAGUCUUUGUGUUUAAAAACUAUCAUGGUAUACAUUUUCUUAUGUGGUGCUUGAGGAGUUUCAUUCUACAGUUUACAAGGUGUAGGUUUGCACCCCAAAUUCUCAGGGUAUACUAUUUUACCCAAAUACUUGAAAGAAAAAGGUGCCCUGUAUUUUAUCAGUACUGUUGAAGGGAAAUAUUGUGUGUAAGUUUGUUUGAGAAAACUACUUAGAAAAAUCAAAUUCAUAAAAUAUGUUAGGCUUUUACAUAAUUUCUAAGGAGAAAUAUAGAGAGAUAAGAUAUAUAUUUUCAAGAGACUACUUAUAUAUUCUUAACUAAUUUCUGGGUCCUAAGUAGACCCCACAGGUGCAUAAUAUCAUUAAUAAAGCAUGUAGCACUCGCUAAUUGGUGCCUUGAGCUUGAAUCUAAUCAGAAUUGCAGACUCUGGUCCUCUGGAGGGGAAGCGUGUCCAUCUGCUGCACAUGUGAGUACAAAGCGCAGGGGAAGAUUCUGAAAAUUGGACUCCUGUGUAUGCCCCAUGUCUCAGAAGAGAACUGAGCAUUCACAGCAACAUUCGUAAGCUGUUCACUUUCAGUGCUUCAAGUUGCAACUAGAGCACAUUAUUAGCUUUAUUCCUGUGUAAUUCAUAAUGGUGCAGAAUAAAACACACACACAUCCAAUUGGAUUUCUUUUUCUUUUUUUAAGUUUCAGAAUUGCUUCUUUGAAUGGCAAAAAGUCCUUCCCAGGGCUUCCUGAAUUACCUACCACACCUGUCUCCAUAGCAGGUGGUCCUUUCUCUUUCUCCCCGCUUUGAAGAUGUGCAUUUCUGUAUUUACAUAGAGAUCAUACUAUUGGGUAGUAAAGACCGCAGUGGUUGAAAAGAAUGUGAAGACUGUAGAAGUUAUGUUCGAACUGAGGAGAGUAAAUUGCGUGAUAAAUAGUGAAGGACGUUGGAUCUUGACUAUGAAAAAAGCCGGGGGCAAAUGGAAAGAAUGAGGAAUUUUAAACGGCACUCCACGGAGAAAUCUUUUUUGGAAAGUUCCUAUCUGAGAUCUGGUGUGAUUCAAUUAUAGACUGCAGUGUGAGCUUGGCCAAGGGGACUUUGAAUCCAGCCCAACAGCUCUGAGAAUUGCAUUUUCAGGGUAUUGCAUAUGGAGAACGCUACUUAGACGAGGAUUCUGCGAGACUAGGCCUACUUGCCUUAAAUUGCCAGCAUUUGUAAAUGAUUGUGCAAUCUUGUGCAAUGGUCUUUUAUUUUGACUGUUUUGAAAAAAAAAUGUUUUGUUUUGUUUUGUUUUUCCAGUAAAAGUAACUACAAAGAAAA